AUGAAAGAACGAGGUUAUUACCUCAAGCCUGUUGAACUGCCAAAAGCUGCACAACCCACGCCACGAGUUAGUCUUGUUUGUAUGAAUGCCGUGUCAAGGGAAGAGGUAAUGGCCAGUACUAUGGCGAAAAUAGAGAAGAAACAAGUGGAGGAGCAACGAAGAUUGGCAAAG